GUGCUCCUCUUGGUGGCUACUACAGCUCUCUGUGCAGCGGCGGAUUCCCAGGGUGCUGAAGGAACUGAUUUCCAGCAUUCCUACUCUUCGAGAUCAGAAAAUGCCGGGAAGGAAGACAAACCGAGCAUGCAGGAGCACUUCAAUCCUUCUCCUUCUGGUCCACCUUGGGACAGCGUUGGAUGUACCCCUUGACUCAAAAAUUCUGGAUGAACUGCCGCAACCCCCUACAAUCACCCACCAGUCUCCAAAGGAUUACAUAAUCGAUCCAAGGGAUAACAUACUGAUCCAGUGUGAGGCAAAAGGGAAGCCAGCUCCCAGGUUUUCCUGGACCCGCAAUGGAACCCAUUUUAACCUGGACAAAGACCCGCGAGUGACAAUGAAGCCAAACUCAGGGACGCUGCUCAUUAACAUUGUGGGUGGCGGGAAAGCGGAAACUUACGAAGGAGAGUAUCAAUGUACAGCAAGAAACGAUCGCGGCACAGCCCUGUCCAACAAGAUUAUCAUCCGCCAGUCCAGGUCCCCCAUGUGGGCUAAAGAGAAGAUUGACGUGAUUGAAGUCCGUGAGGGGGCUUCGCUUGUCCUCCCCUGCAACCCACCAUCUGGCCUUCCACCUCCAAUCAUCUUCUGGAUGGAUAACUUGAUGCAAAGGUUUGCACAAAACGAACGGGUGUCACAGGGUCUGAACGGAGAUCUGUAUUUUUCAAACGUGCUGCCGGAGGACACCCGGGGGGACUACAUCUGCUACGCCAGGUUCAACCACACUCAGACCAUUCAGCAGAAGCAGCCAAUCUCUGUCAAGGUGUUGACGCUGGAUGCCAUCAAUGAGACUUAUGCAGGUUAUUCGAAUGGCACUGAACUGUAUGGUGACAGCCCAGUGGGAGAACGAAGGCCCUUCAUUCUCAGUCCCAAAGAAGCAAGCAGCAGUAAGACUGUACUGAGAGGGCAGGUCCUAUACUUGGAAUGUAUUGCCGACGGCCUGCCCACACCAAUUAUCCAUUGGACCAAAGAAGGGGGAGAAUUGCCCAGCCACCGGGCCUUGGAGGUCAACUUUAAGAAGACCCUGAAAAUUAUUGAUGUCUCCGAGUCAGAUGCUGGGAAAUACCGGUGCACAGCCAAGAAUUACUUGGGAAGCAGUACACAUGUCAUUUUCGUCACAGUCAAAGCUGCACCCUAUUGGAUCAGCGAACCCAAGAACUUGAUCCUCGCGCCCGGGGAGGAUGGAACGUUGAUCUGCAGAGCUAAUGGCAAUCCCAAGCCCACUAUCCAGUGGCUGGUCAAUGGUUUUCCGAUUGAAAAUGCCCCAAGUGACAUCAGCAGGGAACUAAUGGAUGACACUAUUCGCUUCACUAAAGUCCAGGUCUCUUCCAGUGCUGUUUACCAGUGCAAUGCCUCCAACGAGCAUGGAUAUUUGUUGGCAAACGCAUUUGUCAAUGUACUCGCGGAGACGCCCAGAAUGCUGACACCGCCUGACCAGGUUUAUCAGGUCAUUGCCAAUAAGGCUGUGUUGCUGGACUGUGCGUAUUUUGGAUCACCAAUACCUCAGAUUCAAUGGUUCAAGGAUGACCAAGGCAGUGUCCUCCGCGGUGACUCUUAUGUUUUCCAUGACAAUGGCACUUUGGAGAUUGCCUUUUCGCAGAAGAAUGACAGUGGGACGUACACCUGCAUCGCAACCAAUUCCCUUGGCGUCGUCCAGAACAAAGCAUUUCUCCAGGUCAAAGAUCCGACGACCAUCCUGAAGCAGCCGCGUUAUCAGUCAGUGCAGACGAUGGGCACGGCUGUGUUUGAGUGCAGAGUGAAGCACGACCCGUCACUUACUCCAGAAAUUACGUGGCUGAAAAACAACGAGGAGCUGCCUGAUGACGACAGGCACCAAGCCUCUGGCGACACCUUGACCAUUCUGAAUGUGUCUGAGGAAGAUCAGGGAUCCUACACGUGUGUGGUGAACACCACUUUGGACACCAACUCUGCAACAGCCGACCUUACUGUCCUAGCCCGUUCCUCAACUCCAGCUAGCCCAUACGACAGUCCCGAUCCCCCUUCGGACCUGGAAUUAACCAACCCUCAAGAUAGAAGUGUGCAGCUGUCCUGGAUUCCAGGGGAUGAUCAUAACAGUCCCAUUACAAAGUUCAUCAUUGAAUAUGAAGAGGAUCAGUUUGAGCCUGGAUUGUGGCAUCAUUUGACCGAUGUCGGAGGAAAGCAGACAACGGUCCACCUGAAGCUUUCCCCCUUUGUGAACUACAACUUCCGGGUCAUUGCUGUCAACCGAGUAGGCAGGAGCGAUCCGAGUUAUCCAUCCGAACGCUACUUCACACAGCCAGCUGCUCCUGAUGAAAACCCCACAGGAGUCCAAGGGAUGGGAACAGAACCCAACAAUCUGGUGAUAACCUGGGAGCCUUUGAAAGGUGUCCAGUCCAAUGGGCCAGGCCUAACUUACAAAGUCAGCUGGAGACAGAAGGACAGUGAUGACGAAUGGACCUCUGUGAUGGUUGCCAAUGUUUCAAAAUACAUCGUUUCGGGCACCCCGGAAUUUUCUCCCUAUGAGUUGAAAGUGCAGUCGUUCAACACCCUUGGAGCUGCCUCGGAGCCUGAAAUUGUAAUCGGAUACUCCGGCGAGGAUUUGCCAAUGUUGGCUCCUAGCAAUGUGCGUGUCCACGUCGUCAAUAGCACACUCGCAAAGGUGCACUGGGACCCAGUUCCACUGAAAAGUGUCCGUGGAUUCCUCAAGGGAUAUAACAUCUACUAUUGGAAGCAAGUGAGCCUGAACAAGCGGGGCAAAGGUCACACAGAUGUCAAGAUUUUGAACUUUCUGGGAGAUAAGAGCCACGGCAUGUUGCCAGGGUUAGAACCUUUCAGCGUUUACAAGCUAAAUGUUCGAGUCCUUAACGGGAAAGGAGAAGGACCUCCCAGUGAAGAUGUGGUACUGCAAACUCCAGAAGGAGUGCCCAGCUCUCCAGAAUUCUUGAAGAUUACAAGCCCAACACUCAACUCUCUGACCCUGCAGUGGGGCCCUCCACUUCAUCCAAAUGGUAUUCUGAAUGGAUACACACUCAAGUACCAGCCCAUUAACAGUACGCAUGAACUCGGCCCUCUGGUGGAAAUCACAAUCCCUGCAGAGAAUGAAACCAGUUGGACUCUGAGAAAUCUGAACUUCAGCACUCGCUACAAGUUCUAUCUCAACGCCUUUACCAGCGUGGGAGCAGGCAGCAAGUUAACCGAAGAGGCCAUUACAGUCCUGGAUGAAGUGAUUCACCAAACCGCACCAGGGGCAGGCAAAGGAAUAUCUGCAACAUCUCCAUUUUUGAAAACAGAUUUAAUAAUCCCUGUUGAUGAAAAAAUGAAGGUCAUGGUACUUCGCCCAGUAAUUACGAACAUUACCUCAGCCGCAACCCAUGCAAAUAUCAGUUGGGAGUUUGGCCGAACGGAUAUGCACUUUUAUGUUGAAUAUGAGAUAGCUGACAGUAAAGAGCCUCUGGACAAAAUGCAAAUCAAUGCCUCGCAGAACUCCUUUGUGCUAAAGGGCUUGUUGCCAGCAACAGUUUACAGAGUGCGAGUUAUUGCCGAGAACCAAGCGGGCCAGUUGCGGAGUAAGGACGAGCGGUUUGAAACCCGUCCACCAGCCAUGGCAAGCCGACAGGUAGACAUUGCUACCCAGGGUUGGUUCAUUGGAUUAAUGUGUGCCAUUGCCCUCUUGAUCCUGAUCCUCUUGAUUGUCUGCUUCAUCAAAAGGAAUAAAGGCGGCAAAUAUCCAGUCAAGGAGAAAGAGGAUGCUCACGCAGAUCCUGAGAUCCAGCCCAUGAAAGAAGAUGACGGAGCCUUUGGUGAAUACAGUAAGCACUUCUGAAGCAGUGAAGAGCACCAUCUCCAAUACAGUGCCAAAGGAUUAUUGUGAAAUUGAAGCCUUAUGUGUUUUUGUAAUUCUUAUACCUCUUAUACCUGUACUUGAAUUUCUUUCCCAUUUUGUAUGAGACAUAAGCCCUGUAAGCUUUAUUGAUGUGCAUUACUGCUAAUUAUUUACAGAUACAUAUAUAUAUCCAUAGUAUCUCUGUAAUGUAUAAUUAGCUGUAUGUUGCUGUCCAUCUAUAAUGCCUAGCUGUUUCUACAAAACAUUAGGGUGCAACAAUUUACCAGUUGAUGGGACUUGUUUUUUAUGGCAGUGUUCCACUCACGGGGGCUACCACACCACUCAUUCCUGAUGAAGGGCUUUUGCCUGAAAAGUUGAUUUUCCUGCUCCUUGCAUGCUGCCUGUCCUGCUGUGCUUUUCCAGCACUACUCUAAUCUUGGCUACCAGUGCCUGGGGGAACAGGUCAAUGGUUGGAUGUGAUGCCUUUACAGCCAACCAACUUGCCAGGGCCGUCUCCCUUUCACCUCAAAUAAGGAAUAGCUGGUUGGGGGGUGUGAUAUAAGAUAUCACUGCCAAUCAAGGGAAGCCCCACUAUCAGCCAACAUAUUCAGAGGGUUUAAAUGCAGGAUGGUGGGGUGAGGAGGGAAAGAGAAGGGAGGAGGAGGAGAAAUUUUGACAAGAAAAUCCAAAUUGUUGCACCUUAAUGGAAAUGAAGGGUGAAUGUGUUGGUGCUACUUGGCACUGCGUAAUGUUCUUGAUCAGUAAUGUUGCUUGUCUGGAAAGCUGAAACUCAAUUGAAUUUGUUGGACUUUUAACUUGAUUCCGCUAUUGUUGAUUAAACCUCUGAGAACUGA